AUUUUACAGUCUGUGGUUGUGAGGCGUGUCCUGGUCCUGAUCAUGGUCCUGGGGGCGUGUGCAUUGAUCAUAUGAGACCGUAUGAGACUGCCCUGAGACAGUACGUGCAGACCUUUCUCUGAAGCCUUCUCGUCCGUUUGAAAAUGUCCCAGUCACUGCUCGACAGUAUGCCCGGAGCUGGCACCGGGACCGUGGUGGUCACAGACGCGCUGAACUACUGGGGAGGAAAGAGAGUCAAAGCACGGGAGGAAAACCACGCAGAGCCUGUGUUUGAACCUUCGACUGGCCGAGUCUUGUGCCAGUUGUUCCCCUGUGGGUCUGAGGAGGUGGACGAGGCCAUAAACAGCGCCCAUGUUGCCUACAAAAAAUGGAGCAAGAUGGCGGGCAUGGAGAGGGCUCGGGUGAUGCUGGAGGCUGCACGUAUUAUCAGGGAAAGAAGGGACAACAUUGCAAAGCUGGAAGUGAUCAACAACGGCAAGUCCAUCACAGAAGCACUGGUGGAUAUUGAUGUUGCUUGGCAGUGUAUUGAGUACUAUGCUGGGCUGGCUGGUACACUUGCAGGCCAGCACAUCCAGCUUCCUGGUGGGGCCUUUGCUUACACCAGGAGAGAGCCCCUUGGUGUGUGUGCCGGAAUCGGCGCGUGGAAUUACCCCUUCCAGAUCGCAGCGUGGAAGUCUGCUCCUGCUCUGGCAUGUGGUAAUGCCAUGGUGUUUAAGCCCUCUCCAAUGACUCCGGUGACUGCUGUCAUUCUGGCUGAGAUCUACAAAGAGGCUGGGGUACCUGAUGGGCUCUUCUGUGUGGUACAAGGUGGAGCAGAGACAGGCAGCUUGCUCUGCCAUCACCCCAUGGUUGCUAAGGUCUCUUUUACUGGCAGCGUGCCCACAGGCAAAAAGGUCAUGGAAAUGUCUGCAAAAAGUGUUAAGCAGGUGACUCUGGAGCUUGGAGGAAAAUCUCCCCUCCUCAUCUUUAAAGACUGUGAGCUGGAGAAUGCAGUGAAGGGAGCACUCAUGGCAAACUUCCUGACACAAGGACAGGUUUGCUGCAAUGGGACCAGAGUAUACGUGCAAAGGGAGAUCAUGCCUCAGUUCUUGGAAGAGGUGGUGAAGAGGACCAAGGCCAUCCCUCUGGGUGACCCCCUGCUGGAAGACACCCGAAUGGGAGCACUGAUCAGCAAGCCACAGCUGGAGAAAGUGUUGGGAUACGUCAAUCAGGCAAAGAAAGAGGGAGCCAAAGUGCGAUGUGGAGGAGAGCCUUUCCUUCCCAGUGACCCCAAAUUGAAAGGUGGCUACUUCAUGUCACCCUGUGUACUCGAUAACUGCAGGGAUGAUAUGACUUGUGUAAAAGAGGAGAUCUUUGGCCCGGUCAUGUCUGUGCUGCCUUUCGACACAGAGGAGGAAGUGAUCAAGAGGGCCAACAACACCACCUUUGGACUGGCCUCUGGAGUCUUCACCAGGGACAUUUCUCGAGCCCAUCGUGUGGCUGAGAACUUAGAGGCAGGGACCUGCUUCAUUAACAACUACAACAUCAGCCCUGUUGAAGUGCCGUUUGGAGGAUACAAGAAUUCAGGCUUUGGCAGAGAGAACGGCCAGGUUACAAUCGAGUACUACUCCCAGCUGAAGACUGUCGUUGUGGAAAUGGGAGAUGUCGACAGUCUCUUCUAAACAACUCUCCCUAAGUUUACACUGCUGUGCCAGAACUUUGAAAAUGUCACUUCUUCAUUUAGUCAUGCGCUAUGCAGAAUUGAGCCAUGUUUUGAUUUCACAAUGUUUCCAGUAAGCCUUCUUAGAUGUUCACACUUCUCUCCUUUUUAUACUUUCAAGUGGACCACCUUUUUAGAGAAGAACACAAGUAUAAGCCCUGAUAUCACUCUUAAUAAAAAAGAGCACUUGUGGAACUAAAACCUAGAGCCUUAUUUAGAAACACUCUGAGUUGUACUGUGAAAUUGUAAAUUAGCAGAGGAGAAUACCUGACACAUUUGGUAUCAGAAUUUUAUACAUCAUGCUUUUGCACACUUUUGAUCUGCAAACUACCCCUUUUUUUUCAAAAUAAAAUGCUUUGGCUAUGAA